CAGGAAUCCGAUAAUGGUGUCAAAGUCCAGUAUAUUGUGACACCUCUCACUUUAAUUGUGUCCAAAGCGGACAUUGGAGUGUUGCAUGAUUCCAGAGUCGGCGGAGAUUUGCGUACGGAUCCGGGUAGCGCCUGGCUUUGUUGACGACUUGUCUUGGUAGGUGAUGGCUGGUAUUGGCAACUGUUCAGUAUAUAUCUUCCAUAUGGCCUCUAUCUCUUUCUGCUUCUACUUCACAUCCAUCCCAUCCUGUGUUCCCAUCAACAUUAUUCAGCACUAGAAUUUCUUCCACUCCGUUCUCAUUCACAACAGUCGCAAUCAAUCGUUCGCCAAAAUGCCACCCGUCUCAACCCUUUCCACACUAUUUCCACCAUCACCAAAGUUUACAGAGCGCAAUCUUCCUUCACUUGUCGGUAAAAUCUAUAUCGUCACUGGCGCAGCUUCCGGUGUUGGCUUCGAACUCGCAAAGUUCCUCUAUGGCGCUGGCGGAACUGUGUAUGUAGCGGCUCGAUCCACUUCGCGCUGCGAAGGUGCAAUUCAGAAGAUCCUCCAAAACAUGAAGUCCAAGCAUAAUAUAAAAUCUGGCAAAUUGGAGAGCUUGGUAAUGGAUUUGUCUGAUCUUGAGAGCACGAAGUCUGGGGUCGAAUAUUUCCUCAGCCGCGAGACGAGAUUGGAUGUUUUGAUGCACAACGCUGGAGUUAUGACACCGCCAAAAGGAAGCAAGGACAAGCACGGUCACGAUCUCGAAAUAGGCACGAACUGUCUGGCGCCUUAUCUUAUGACCCUUCUCCUCGAGCCAAUUCUUAUCCGAACCGCGAACACGCCAGGCACAUCUGCAAACAGUGUCCGCGUGGUAUUCGUAAUUUCGUGCCUUCAGGAAGGAUAUGUACCUGGAGGGGCCAUGACUUUCGAUGCCAAUGGCACGCCCGUUGUGAUUACGGACAAAUUCAUGGCGAAUUACAUGCAGAGCAAGAACGGUGGUGCUUGGUUGGCGUUGCAUUUCGCCGAAAGACUUGGAAAACAUGGUAUUCUGAGUGUUAGCUUGCAUCCUGGUCUCAUGAAAACAGAUCUACAGAGACACUGGGGACCGGGGCUCAAGCUGGUGAUGGUUUGCUUUCCCUUCAGACAGGCUCGAAAACAAGUACUAAAAGAAAUGCAUAGGCAAUCACUUCCAAGUCUCCCGUGUAUGGCGCGUAUUCCGAAAUCUACGCUGGUUUCUCGCCAGAAGUUACACCUGAACACAAUGGUGCAUACUUAAUGGCGUGGGGAAGAAUAGGAGAACUGGCAAGUGAUGUCAAAGACGGUUGGAAAAGUGAAGCAAAAGGCGGGACCGGCGCCGCGAAGAAGUUUUUGGAAUAUUGCGAUCGCGAGACGAAGGAAUACUUGUAAAAUAUGGG